AUGUGCGCGCGCAUGAAGUGCGAAUCGGGCUCCCAAGGAUGUGUGUGUGAGGAAGGGUAUCUCUGGCGCAACGGCGUGUGCGUCCUUCCGUAUGAGUGUGAAGAGACGACGGAGUUUGUAGAACUUCAGCAGGAAGUUAAUCAGCUGGCACGUGAACUGCCCAGGACUCUAGCGGAGCUGGGACUGACCAGUGUGGUGCAGCAUGUUCAGGAGCUGAAGACAAACGAAUACCUUGGGUGCUACCAGGACGGCUCCAGUCACAGCUUUCCGAGAAAGGUGAUGACGUCAAGCGCCAUGACGACUGAGACGUGCAUAGCAGCAUGCCAGAAUGCUGGCUACACCUACGCUGCCACCGAGGUUUCCCGUUCUAUGGGCUGGUGGUGGCGGAGCCUACAUGACUGCCACUGCGGGAGGGAGGCGGACUUCAACCGGCUGGGUCAGCGGGUGUGUGACAGUGAAUGUAACAGCCAUUGCCGUGGCAACAGGAACCAGAAGUGCGGAGGAAGGUACAGAAUGUCCGUGUACAAGAUCGACGCAGUUCCCAGUUGCCAGGACUCGCCCCGACAGGUCGGUCCUCACUGGUACCAGACUGGGAACACCACCCUGCUGCAGUACCAGGGUGACCCGCAAGACCGUCCUUUUGCCUUCACGACUCCUGCCCUGGAUGGGAAGGACGCUAUCCCCAUUCAAAGCACACUGGUGAACAUGAGUGCAGAUAUUGAGGGCUUCCCGAGUCAGUACCCCGCCACCACUGCAGAGGGCAUGCCCGACCUGGUUCCAGACUACACAGCUCUGCUAGCCUCUCUCCAGGCCCCCGGGCUGCGACUGACGGCAGGGACGGACACCGUGUUGGAGCUGGACCAACACUUCUCCAUCAGGUCCUACUCCUGUAGUCUGGAGUACAACCCUGGUAUAAAUGGGCGGUCAGGGAGAGGGAUUCGGAUGAGGAUCAUAGUUGUCAGUGAGAAUCCGUAUAAAGUGAUGGUUGAAAUCAUUUGUUAUUAAGCACCACGCACGGGAUGCUUUUAAGAGGCUUGUUGUGUGUAUAUCUAUUCCUUCAGUUCAACUAUGACAAAGAAGUUGGGGGGGGGGGGGUGGUAAUGUUAUAGUAAUCAUGCUUGCUUGACAAUAUACAAUAUAUGUAUGUAAACUGUUCUUUUGUGGUGAACUAUACAGUACAAUGAAGUUCCAUUCACUAUUA